AUGGGCUUCAUUGAUGACCUUGGCCACGCCUUUGAAAGCGCAGGCCAGACUAUCAAAAAUACCGCCGAAUCUGCAGGAGGCGCCAUUGCUGGAGCUGCGACCAAGGCCGGCACUACCAUCAGUGACACGGCCACAGCAGGGGCAAACACGGUUGCGACUGGCGUUGUUAAUGCCACCGAGGCCGCCCUCGAGGCCAUGGACCCUGAGAGAAAGAAGCAGCGCGAGCGUAUGCAACAGGCUCAGCAGGAAUGGUCCAGACUGGAUAACGAGGCCAACGAGGCUCUGAAGGCCGCACAAGUGCAGUCGCAGGCGCAAAUUCCCGCGGAGCUGAAUCCGAUCAAAGCUCAAGCAGACACUCUUCACGUCCGGUUGACUCAAUACCUCGGUCAGGCUGACACAAUUCACACCCAGCUGCAGACAAAGGUCGAGCAAGACUACACCCAGGCCGUCCUGAAUCUCAAUUCUGGACUCGCCGGCCUGACACGCCUGGCCAUGAUCUUGCGGGGUCAUUCUGUCGAAGAAAUCCGCGAAGCAAAACUGGAGCAAGGCGGCGAUAUGGAUCCUAACGACUUCCUCCUCCGGGUCAUCGAUGGCAGCCAAAAGGGUUUCUCGGAUGCCAUGAACUCUGCGUCCACGUUGUUGUCUCUGGUGGGAGACCUGACAGUGCAAGUUCGGGAUUUGGACCAGGGCGAGAUCCCCACCCUCUUGGCCGACAUGGCUAGCUUUGGCGAAUUCAGCUCGAAAACAAUUACCGCGCAGAGGCAAAGCGCGGCAACCGCACAAAAGGCAAUAGAUGACCUCCAGAAGAACGUCCAGGAGCAGAAACAGGAAGUCGCAGAUCACCUUCACAUGAACAUGACCGACGAUCUCGCUGGCAUAGGCAAGGCUAUACUCGACACUUUCGGUGCAUCCUUUCCCGACGACAAGUGGGAAGAAUUCCUGCAAAGUCACUAUAUCAACAUCCAGAGUAGCAACAAGGACAUCGUACAGAACCAGACAACUGCAGCAGUCGCCAACGGCAUAGUCGAGCAGGCCACGCCAAUUUUGGAAACCGUGAACAAGCUACAGCAACAGACUGCCAACACGCUAGCCUCUCUCGAAGCGCUGGCCCCUCAGCUUGAAUCCCUGAAGGCAAACCUGAACGAGAUGAGAAUCCAGGUCGAUGACAUGGCAAAAGUUUUCACCACGCUCUCCGAAUCCAAGCAUCUCACCGUGUCGACCGCCCUGUACGUCAAAAAGCUCGGCCAAAUCGGCGCCACCAGCUUCCGUGUCGACGCCUGCUGCAGCAGCUUCGCCGGCGCCAUGUUCGCACAGCUCACGCAGAUCGCCAUACCCCAACCCGCAAGCAACGUGAUUACUCGCAACAGUACGGCUCCGGCCGAGGACGUCCAGAAAGAGGUGUCCGCCGAAUGGGAGGCUGCUCUGGCGUUGCCGCUACAGUGCUCUCUUCCACCCAUUGACGGGAAGCAGCACGAGCACUUCACUCCGGAAGUCCAGGACCGGACUGGAGCGCUGAUGCAAGAAGUCAUUCAGGCCGACCAGAAGGGCAUAGCGAGUUACUACACUCCGUGA